CUUUCAUCAACUCACAUAUAGGUUAAGUACUUUUUUCUCUCUUUUCUUUCUUCUAAGAAAUGGUGCUCUCUGGUAAGUUGAGUACUGAAGUUGGGAUCAAAACACCAGCUGACAAGUUCUACAAUUUGUUCAUAACAGAACUUCAUGAAGUGCAAAACCUUUGUGAAAGAGUUCAUCAUACCAAACUUCAUGAAGGUGAAGAUUGGCAUCACACUGAUUCGGUUAAACACUGGACUUAUGUCAUAGAUGGCAAGGUACACACAUGUCAUGAGAGUCUUGAAGAAGUUGAUGAACAGAACAAAAAAAUCAUUUUCAAGCUCUUUGGUGGAGAUAUUGAUGAGCACUACAAGGUCUUUAAGCUUAUCCUUGAAGUAAUUGAUAAGGGUGAUGGCACUGCUGCAUCUAAAUGGACAGUUGAAUAUGAGAAGAUCAAUGAGGACAUUGACCCUCCAAAUGGCUACAUGGAAUACUUUGGCAAAUGUGCUCGAGAUAUUGAUAAUCAUCUUGCCAAGGCAAAGAUAGCUAUAUAAGUCGUAAUGAAUGUAACAAAUAAGUUAAUGGCUUAUUGCAUUGGGUUGGCUUAAGUGUUCAUCUUUAUAAUUGAUUAAUGUGAUGUUUGUAAUGGCAUAUUGUUGCAUAUGCAUGUUGGCUUCUAUGUGAUGUUUGUAAUGGUAUUAGGUGUAAUGUUUGUUCAGGGCUGUUUGAAAAGUGUGUGUUAAAUUAUGUGAUGAAAUCAAUAAAUGGAUAUAUUUGUUCUAUUUA